AUGCCUUUCACGUGCCUUGCGACCACGUUUUAUCUCUUCUGCCGUUCAUCGGGAGUCUGUUCCUCACUCGGAGCUCUCAAGUUCUUGGUUCAUCCCCCUAGAGCCCCUCAACGUCGUCACCACAUUGAAAGUCCUCUCAUUGAUCGCAUUCAACAAGAUCAUCCUGCUCAUCCUGCAAGAAACCCCUUCCUUGCGACGAUUAUGGUCCACCCUGCUACCCAUCUUGAGACCUUCGAUCCGAUAAACUCCCGCCGCCAGCUCGAGAGUACAGGAGACCACCCUCACCUCGAGACCAUAGGGAGUAUUCAGGCCGUCAGCAAUUUUGAAUCACAGUAUUCCUUUUUCAGCAAAAUCCCAGCCUUUUUUACUGAGGUCAAGGCCCAACAGCGAGCUGACCAUUCGGCUCUGAGAAAACCGGCGUAG